AUGUCUCACGACGAGACUGCCCAGGCGCUCGCCGGCAUCCUCUCGAAUCUUGCCAAACAGCAUGAUCCGCUCGUCGACAAGUCUUUCCCGGGCCAGGUGGCUGCCAACGGCGGCAAAGCCGUCAACGUCGUCCUGCCCGGCCCCGACUGCGAAUCCAAGCGGGCCGUAGAACGCGAAAUCGGCGCUCUCGCGGCGCGCAUCCAAUACCUCGAGGCAAAGGCCAAGACCAUCGACAACAACACCUUCCCCAUCACGCCCGGCGAACCCACCCUCUACUCGCCCUUCCCCGGCGACGCCCAGCAACACCAGACCCCCCGCAGCGCGUCGCUCGCCGGCCGGGACAGGCAGGCCUCUUGGGUCACCAACUGGCUGGCUGCCAAGGAGAGCUCGCCCGGCGAGCAGCGGCCCGUCGCACAGCUCUCCGAGGACCAGCUCAGCUAUCUACGGGACCACUUGAACAAGCAGGCCGAGCAGAUUCAGAGUCAGCGCGAACACAUCGAUAGCCUUAGCGCCGAGGUUACCCGGCAGCUCCGGGACCAGGACAAGGCGUUUGGCCAUGGCAUCGAAGACAUCGGUGCGCUGAAGCGAGAGCUUCAGAAGCAUCAACAGGCAAAUCUGGCCUUCCAGAAGGCCUUGAGAGAAAUCGGUAGCAUCGUUACGGCUGUGGCGCAUGGUGACCUUAGCAAGAAGGUUCUCAUCCACGCCAAGGAAAUGGACCCGGAAAUCACGACUUUCAAGCGCACCAUCAACACCAUGGUGGAUCAGCUUCAGGAUUUUGCCAGUCAGGUUACGAACCUUGCUAAGGAAGUCGGCACCGAAGGUCGCCUGGGUGGCCAGGCCGUCCUGACCGGUGUCGAUGGUAUUUGGGCCGAGCUGACGCACAGCGUCAACGACAUGGCCAGGAAUCUCACGGAACAAGUGCGAGAGAUCGCCGUUGUCACAACUGCGGUCGCUCACGGUGAUCUCAGUCGGAAGAUUGAACGUCCCGCCCGCGGUGAAAUCUUACAGCUCCAGGAAACCAUCAACACCAUGGUGGACCAACUACGUUCGUUUGCAUCAGAAGUUACAAGGGUCGCUCGCGAUGUCGGUGUCGAAGGUAUAUUGGGUGGUCAGGCGAAGAUCGAGGGCGUCCAGGGCAUGUGGAACGACCUCACAAUCAACGUGAACGCCAUGGCUUUGAACCUCACGACUCAAGUGCGAGAUAUUGCGCAGGUCACGACGGCUGUCGCUCAGGGUAAUCUGACCCGCAAGGUUUCUGCGGAGUGCAAGGGCGAGAUCGCGGAGCUCAAGAACACCAUCAACUCCAUGGUUGACCAAUUGCAGCAAUUCGCGCACGAAGUCACGAAAAUCGCCCGCGAAGUCGGUACCGAAGGUCGCCUCGGUGGGCAGGCCAGAGUGCACGGAGUCGAGGGCACGUGGAAGGACCUCACGGAGAACGUCAACGGUAUGGCCGACAACCUCACCACCCAGGUGCGAGAGAUUGCCGAGGUCACAACUGCUGUCGCUAGGGGUGACCUCAGCAAAAAGGUCACGGCAGAAGCGAGGGGCGAAAUUUUCGCCCUGAAAAUCACCAUCAACACCAUGGUUGACAGACUUAACGAUUUCGCCUACCAAGUCAGCAAGGUCGCCAGGGAAGUCGGUACCGACGGUAAACUUGGUGGCCAGGCCGAGGUGGAGAACGUCGAAGGAAAAUGGAAAGAUCUAACCGACAACGUCAACACCAUGGCCCAGAACCUUACUCUGCAGGUGCGCAGUAUAUCGGACGUUACCAGCGCUCUGUCGCGCGGCGACCUGACGCGCCGCGUGCACGUCGAUGCCGAAGGAGAAAUCCGUCUGCUGAAGGACACGAUAAACGACAUGGUUGCAAGACUGGACGAAUGGUCUCUUGCAGUGAAGCGCGUAGCUCGCGAUGUCGGCGUGGACGGCAAGAUGGGUGGCCAGGCAGAGGUUGAAGGCAUCACCGGGCGUUGGAAGGAGAUCACCACCGACGUCAAUACUAUGGCUCAAAACUUGACGUCUCAAGUGAGAGCGUUUGGGGACAUCACACAAGCUGCUACCGACGGCAAGUUUACCCAGAUCACGGUCGAAGCUGCCGGUGAGAUGGACGAGCUCAAGCGCAAGAUCAACAAAAUGGUUUCCAGUCUGAGAGAAUCCAUCCAGAGGAAUACUGCCGCGAGGGAAGCCGCCGAACUUGCCAACAAGACCAAGUCCGAGUUCCUGGCAAACAUGUCUCACGAGAUACGGACCCCAAUGAACGGUAUCAUUGGUAUGACGCAGCUGACGCUUGACACGGACCUCACGCACUCGCAGCGUGAGAUGCUUACGAUUGUUCAUAACCUGGCGGGUCAGCUUCUCACCAUUAUCGACGACAUUCUGGAUAUCUCCAAGAUCGAAGCGAACCGCAUGGUCAUGGAGGAGAUUCCCUUCAGUCUUCGUGGUACCAUUUUCAACGCCCUUAAGUCUCUUUCUUCCAGAGCCAACGAGCGGAGACUCAACCUGGCCUACCAGGUCGACAGCAGCGUGCCUGACUAUGUCAUUGGCGAUUCUUUCAGGCUCAGACAGAUCAUUCUGAACCUGGUCGGUAAUGCCAUCAAAUUCACCGAGCACGGAGAAGUCAAGGUCGCAAUUUCCAUGGCGCCUCAAAUCGGCUGCGCUCUUGAUCAGUACAUCUUCAAGUUUGCGGUGUCUGAUACGGGUAUUGGUAUUCACGGCGACAAGCUGAACCUGAUUUUCGAUACGUUCCAACAGGCCGAUGGAUCUACUACUAGGAAGUUUGGUGGUACCGGUCUUGGUCUUUCAAUCUCCAAGCGUCUUGUCACCCUGAUGGGAGGUAAGAUGUGGGUCGAGUCUGAGUACGGCCAUGGCAGUGUGUUCUACUUUACUUGCAAAGUCCGGCUCGGCAACCCCGAUAUUCUCGCCAUCCAGCCUCAGCUCGCGCCAUACAAGGACCACACCGUUCUCUUCAUCGAUCAAGGCAAGACUGGGUAUGGUGACGAAAUCGUCAACCACCUGCGGUCCCUCGAACUCGUGCCGAACGUCAUCCACACUGACGAGAACACGCCUCUUUCGGAGAUCCCCAGCCCUGGCAAGCAUGCUUACGACUGCGUCAUUGUAGACUGCAAUAUGACUGCGCGGAGGUUGCGUGGUGAAGAGCGGUUCAAGUACAUUCCUCUCGUCAUGGUCACUCCCCGGGUGGCUAUCAGCUUGAAGUCUGCGCUGGAAGACGGUAUUUCUAGCUUCAUCACGACGCCUUGCUUGCCGAUCGAUCUGGGUAAUGCCCUGAUUCCAGCUCUUGAUGGACGUGCCGCACCUUUGAUCUCCAACCAGUCGAAGUCGUUCAACAUUCUCCUUGCUGAAGAUAACGCGGUCAACCAGCGUCUGGCGGUCAAGAUUCUGCAGAAGUACCACCACAACGUUACGGUCGCGAACAACGGUCUUGAGGCCUUCGAGGCCAUCAAGAAGAUGAAGUACGACGUUGUUCUGAUGGAUGUGCAAAUGCCUGUCAUGGGUGGUUUCGAGGCAACUGCGAAGAUCAGAGAAUACGAGCGCGAUCAUCAUCUGUCGCCAACUCCUGUCAUCGCGCUCACCGCGCAUGCCAUGGUUGGCGAUAGGGAGAAGUGUCUCCAAGCGCAGAUGGACGAUUACCUGUCCAAGCCUCUUAAGCAGAACCAGCUCAUUCAAACCAUCCUUCGCUGCGCAACUCUUGGGGGAGCUCUCCUCGAACAGGACAGGCAACGCAUGGCGCUCGCGCAAGCCGAACAGGGGCAGAAGGAGAAGAACGAAUACGAGACGCCACAAGACACUCCGCAGGGGACUCCCAAACGCGGCGGCACACCGCGACGUCCUCAAAUGGAAGUUAGGGGUUACACCGAGGUCGCUGCGGCAGGCAAGGCCAGCCCGAAGCUUUUGGCUGCGGACCAGUCUGACCCCGUGGACCGACUUCUACUCCGCUCUCACAGUAGCUGA